AUGGUACGGAUUGACAGACCUGGAAAGGCUCUGACCAGACUGGAUGUCUGGUCGGGGGAAUUCGAUAGUGCUGAUAAAAGCUAUACGGUGCUCUGGGGCAUUGAGGCCUGGUGGGGAAAAGAAAAUGAGGCAGCAGGGUAUACGCCGGAUCCAUCUUCAGAUAUUCGCACCCUUCACGACAGCUUCACCUUCCCGGCCAAGAAGCAAAUCGACUGGCUGGAUGUAUACCACCCCGACCCCAGCCAACACGGAUGUGUAGACUUACUUCGAUUUCAUUUGCCAAAUGGCGAUGAGUACUUCGCAAGUGGAGGUUUUGGGGGCGAUAAACAUCCACAAAUACCACAGGGAGAGCAAUCCGUACUAGAGGGCUUUGAUGUCGACGUGGAGGGCAAAGAGACUCGUCAACUUCAGCCGAUCUUCAAAGAUUAG